UGACAUGGUUGAGGGAAGUAACGAUUGGGAAACUGGUAUGAAUGCUUUUCUUACUUUCAUGUAUUACUUAUUGCCAGGCCUAAAAACAAUGUAAUAUAGAACCACCAAAAUGGUCUCGAUAUAUAUAUAUAUAUAUAUAUAUAUAUAUAUAUAUAUAUAUAUAUAUAUAUAUAUAUAUAUAUAUAUAUAUAUAUAUAUAUACUAUAUAUAUAUAUACUAUAUAUAUAUAUACUAUAUAUAUAUAUAUAUAUAUAUAUAUAAUAUAUAUAUAUAUAUAUAAUAUAUAUAUAUAUAUAUAUAUAUAUAUAUAUAUAUAUAUAUAUAUAUAUAUAUAUAUAUAUAUAUAUAUAUAUAUAUAUAUAUAUAUAUAUAAUUUCGCUUACCUCAAAAUUCCGCAACAGUCUGUUUCAUCAGUAAAGAAUCAUCAGGCGGUAUGACAAUUUUCGAAACUAGGGCUGCUUAUAUGUGUUUUUUCCGAAACGUGGGGGUGAGUGGGUUAAACAAAGCAUGCAUUCAAUCUAUUGUUUGCGUUGUUUACGCGGAAAUACCUAAUCGAAUUGUGGGAGUGUGUGGGUUACUAUGCAUGUAUUUGCUUUGUUUACGCGAAAUUUCUUCCUAUGUCUGCACGUAGAUAUAAUUUCCAUUCUUUUAUUGAGUAAAAAGUUUUGGUUUUCUUUCAAAAUACAAAAUUUUUCCUCUAAACAUAAAUUACAUCGUUUUGAUCCUCCCGUAUACGAAAUAGCGCGUUUCAAAAUUUGCCAACUGAUAUUGAAAUCUUUCCUGUUAUCUUUCAAUGUCAAAAAAGUGGUGGGGUCAUGGCCCCCUUCCUCCCCUCCCUCCCCUCCCAGCUACGCGGUCUCAUUAGCUGAUUUUGUGUAUGAGCUAAACUUAAACUUUGACCACAAAGUUUAAUCAACUUUGAUUAUAAGCUGAACGAUUGAUACGGUCAUGAGAAAUAAGUGGCAUGAGAGUUAAGAAAACUAUCGUGCAAACCAUAACCAUGCUGUCAACUCUUUGCAUGCAAGCUUAACUUGUUUUUGUUUGACGAAGCCAUUAGAGUAGAAAAAGCUAUUUUCCUUUGCCAACUUUCUUUGCCUCUUAAUCUUAGCUCAGCUUUAUUAAAACAUUCAAUUUUCUUCUAGCAUUUAGUCGCAUUGCGGCUGCUGUCGGAGUUGCUUUCCUGUAUUAUCCGUACUUUGGAUGUUUGGCUUCAUAUCACAGAAUUUUUGGAGCGUUGGUGGGGCUUCCUUACGCUGUUGCCUAGUAAGUAGUUUUGAAUUUGAUAUACACGCGUAAAAACGCUCGGGUUGAUGCAAUACUGAUGAAAACAGGAUUGAACAAUGCUUUCCUGCCCACAUUGUUCGUAGCUGUCAACAAUAUCGAACAAUACUGUUACACCCGAUUCAGGCUCAACAGUAUUGUUCAAUAUUAUUGACAAGUGUGAACAACGUGGGCAGCAAAACAUUCUUCAGUCCUGUUGAGCAGUGUGCUCGGCAUUUUGUGCCGUGUGUAGUAAUACUGAUCAUUCUAGUAGCUGAAUGUAAGUUGAUAAUGAGCGGACAGGUCACUACUCUAUAAUCAAACUUUCGUUGGUAGGGAUGCAACUACUUGAUAAAAGGACUGUGUCGAUAAACGCUUUAUGAGACGACAAUAAAGACCUACGAUUGGUUCUAUUCCUUUUUAAUAUCUAAAACAUCCUAUUUUUAUACUAAAUAAAUGCUCUCGAAAAACAACAACGUUCCGCCAUCUUGGAUUCUCACACGUGUUUUUAUAACCCUAUUUAUCCCUACAUAUCCACAUUUAUAAUGUCCUGUCCGUUUCUAUCUCUAGAUAUCAACAUGAAUGAUCGCUUGUCCGUCUAUAUCCCUACACUUUCCCACACUCUCCCCCUAUUUACUUUGGCUAGUCCAAAGGUAAAUAUAUUUACGGUUAUAUGAUAAAGUCAACUUCAACGUCAUAAUAGUCCUAAUACGGACGUAACUGUUCAGUAUUAACCCAUAACUGCUAAAUGUUCCAUGCUAAUGUUCUUCCUCUUCUUCUUCAGCAAUUAAACGAAUGUUCUCUUUCGCUAUCUUUGCUGCACGUCGUUUUGGUGUGAAUUCUUUAACUGUUGCAUCCAAUUUCUUCUGGCUUGCUCUGUCGCACGAUAACUCCAUCGGAUACAACUGUUGUAUGGCACGUUCCAGGAACGACUUACCAGCUCGCAAUCGUACUGCUCUCACAAUCCCGUCUCUGCCCUUUAUCAGCUUGUCUACGAUGCCAAUUUUCCAUCGCCCACGAUUUCGUUCAUCACCCUUUAUUAAGACUACAUCUCCAGGUUUUGCAUUCAUCUCCGUUGUUUUGUUCUUCAAGUUGUGUCGUUCUCUCAAAGCUUUCAAAUACUCAGCUGACCAUCUCGACCACCAUGCAUUUUUACAUCGUUGCAAGUACUUUGCUCUUUUUCUCAGAUCACCAUCGUUUUCAUCAUCAAGUUCUGCACUUUCUGGUAUCAAAUUAGGACGUCCUACUAUCAUGGCAUGUGGUGUUAGAAUUGGCAAUUGAAUGUCAUCUUCGACGUAAUUUAAUGGUCGAUUGUUUAGGACUGUCUCAAUAUCCAAGAGCACUUCUUCCAGUUCCUCCCAGCGCAAAUUUGCUUUACCCGUGGUCUUAUAGAGAGCUUGUUUCACAAGCCCCACCAUCCUUUCAAAUUGACCACCCCACCAAGGGGCGCGGCUUAAAUUGAAUUGCCAUGCAAUUUUCUGCUUCGCUAGCCAAUCAUGCAACUGUUCAUCUCUCAUAGCCUUACGUAACCAAUUUGCAGCUGCGACGAAAGUUUUCCCUUUGUCUGAGUAAAUCCGGUCCGGUCGUCCCCGUCUUGCAAUAAGUCGCUUCAAACUUCGAAUGCAUUCGUCGGUCGUAAGAUCAGGCAGCAACUCCAAGUAUAAUGCGCGUGUCAAACUGCAAGCGUAAAGCAAUAUGUAUGACUUCUUCUCUUGACCUUUCUUAGCUCGAUACGCUAUCGGUCCAGCAUAAUCAAUUCCGACAACUUGAAAUGGCCAUGCUCCUUCAGUUCUAUUUCGCGGAAGAUUGCCCGGAGGUGGUUGAGCAAGGGCGGUAGCUUGAUGACGUUUGCAGCCAUAGCACUUCUUGAUUACACGCUUCGUAACACUUCGCAGACGAGGGAUCCAGUACUCCUUUCUGAUUUCUGUCAUAACAAGUCCCACUCCCCCAUGCAAAGUUCGCACAUGAGCAUCCAUCACCAGCUUUUCUGUAAGUGUUGACUUGUCAGGAAGGUAUACUGGGUAAUCUCCCUGAAUUCUACCUCGACAUUCGAACAACUCUUUGUCAUUUCUCUGUAAGUUGAGACGCUGUCGAUCUUCCUCGAAUUCUCUGGUUCCUUGACAUUUCUCUUGCACUCUCUUUACCCAGAAAUCGACUUGAAGGUUGGUUUCUGCUGUCUUUAGAGGACCUUUGAUUCGUUCCGAUUGCUUCAACUUGCAAUUGCUGGUGAACCUUGCUACCCAAGCGGUUGUUCGUAUGACUUUCCAAUACUCGAACUUUUCCAUCAGCUCAUCAAGCUUAUCUUCCUCUCGCAUCGCUACUGCCAACACAUCUCGUACAAUCUUAGCUUCGGAUUCACUUUCUGCAGUCGCGCUCGUAACAACUGUCUCUGGCCAACUUUCUGGAUGCUGCAGCCAUGCAGGUCCCCGCCACCAAAGUUCUGAUAGUUCUACAGAUCCACCACGGCUUCCCACGUCUGCUGGGUUUUCGGCUGUAGGUACAUGUCCCCACUGGAUGUAAUGCUUUUCUUGUAUUUUUCUUACGCGAUUUCUUACAAACUGUUUAUAUUCUCCAUUCCCGUUUAUCCAAUGGAGAGCCACGGUACUAUCAAGCCAACCAUAAACGCCUGUUACUGGAAAACCCGCCAAUGCUACUUUCACGAGGUUAGUACUCAUAUGCGCCGACACUAGCUCUUGUCUGGGAAUGGUCAGUCCGUGUUUUGCGAGACGCGACUUGGCGGCAACGAGUCCCUGGCUGACUCCUGUCUGUUGCUGAAUCACUGCAUACACUAUCGUUGAAACCCCUUUUCCACUUGCGUCCCCGAAAGUAUGCAGUUGGAUUCCUGUGAUCUCUUCUUGAUACUUGACAAGGCUUCUUGGUACUGUCACUUGGUCAGGUAGAUGUUUCUCCCAACACAACCAUUUGUUAAGAACUGGAGUAGGUAGCUGUUUGUCCCAACAUUUUUGGAUUUCACAAACAUCACGAUACAGCAUCUUACCAGCCACAGUGAUUGGUGACACUAAUCCUAAUGGAUCGUAGAUUCUGGCAAGGUACCCAAGAUUCCUCUUCUUGUGGGUUCUGCUUUCUGUUGCGACACUUUGACUGCUAUAGUAUCUUCACCUUUCUUCCAUGGUAAGCCCAGUAACUUGGUUUCACCUUGCUGCACUCCUAGUUGUUCCUUCGCAUAACUUUGUUGUUGGUCAAGGGUGGAUGUGCUGGUUGUUUCUAGGUCAGGGUUGUUUGAAUGCCACUUAUGAAGUUCAAAGUUUGCUUUGCCAAAAAUCGUUUGAGAUGUUUCUUUCAAGUGUAGGGCUUUGGCUGGGGUCUCUCCUCCACCAAUAAGGUCAUCCACAUAAAGGCUUCGUCUGAUCUCUUCUACUUCGUGUGGGAAUCUCUCUUGACACAGUUCCAAAUGUUGUUCAAUCACUCCUCCCAGAAGGAAGGGGGAUGGAGCCAGGCCAAACAGGGCACGUGUGAAUCGUAGUGUUUCCACUUCUUUAGUUCCCAAAUCUUUGAACCAAUGAAAUUUCAACACAUCUCGAUCUUGAUUCUUUAUCCACACUUGUAAGAAUGCUUGCUUCAGAUCUCCCGCAAUGGCCACUGGAUAAAAUCGAUUUCUCACCAACACGCUCCAAAGUAAGUUCUGCAAGGAUGGCCCAGUUUCCAAACACUCGUUCAGGGAAGGUACUUUCUCAUUCUCUCGAGCAGAAGCAUCGUAAACGAUGCGAAGCUUGGUUGUCUCGGCGGAAUCACGAACAACGGGUUUGUGAGGGAUGUAGAACUCACGACCAUCUGCUUCUUCUGUUGCUUUCUCUACAAUGCCUUGCGAUAACUGAUCUUUGAUAACAUCAUCAUACUUCUGAAGCAUACCGGGUUGUUUCUCCAACUUCCUGGCAAGGUAAUUUAACCUUCUUAGACUUCCCAGCUCAUUAUUUGGUAAAGGUGGAUGGCAUCCUCUCCAGGGAAGGCCGGUUUCAUACGAUCCAUCUGGGCGUCUGAUCAACUGUUCCUUGAAUUCUUCAUAUUCCUGCUGGCGAAUCUUUCAAGCCCAACACAUCAAGGCUGCAGAGAUUUUCAUAGUCCACGGUUGACGUUUGCGUUAAGAACAUGUUUGACAAGUCCACUUCACUUCCAGGUGAGAUAAGGGUCCAACCAAAACGGGUGAAUUCUGCAACAGGGUCUCCAGGUUUACCAACACGGGGUCUGGUUUCGGUUUUAAUUUUCGCAUAUUCACUUGCCCCUAGAAUAAGGUGAACAGGCAAUUCUGGCUUCUCAUCCACAUCUUGCAUCUUUAUUCCGUUGAGGUAGGUGAAUUUCUCUAUUAUCUCCUUGUAUCUGGGGUUGGUUAGGGAAAGGAGUUUAUCACGGUCAACUUUUGUUACCUCGGUAUCAAGAUGAAAGUUUUCUUCUAAGCUAUCAAUCUUGAUCUUGUGAACUUCUAUCAUCUUGGUGCUCGAUUGCAUCAUCAUCUCAAUUCUUCGAUACUCUUUGCGAACAGGUGAAGUAUUCAGACGAGCUAGGAGAGUUGCAGAAGCAUAGGAGCUUCCAGCGCCAGUGUCUAAUAAAGCUCUACACAUGAUUCCAUCUACUUCUACCACGACUAUUGGAUAUACGACUGCUCCUUCGCCUGUAGCCACAAGUAGGGGGUUUUACUUUCACAAAUCGAGGUGUGAUGUCUUCUCUUGCAAUUGCGACAUCCCAAUUGGCUUCGACAUUCAGAUGCUUUAUGACUUUUUCCUGUACAGUUAAAACAUAGUUGUUUAGUGGAAAGGAUCUUUUUGCGGUCAGCAACAGUAACAACACUCUUACAUUCGGCUGGCUUAUGGUCAGUGUUCUCACAAUAAAUACAUGGUUUUGGUUUGGAUUCUUGUUGCUUUGUUUGGAAGCUUCUGGUUUUCUUUGUACCAACUGAAUUGGUGUCAUUAAUCUUUUCCUCCUUUUUGAUUGGGUUUCUUACUGUCCACUUCCCUAAUGCUUCAAUCAAUUCUGGGAAUUUCCACUCUUGCCAGGAGUCAUCAGUUCGAACUAGAUCUCCACGAAUUCCUUCCAAUUUAUCAAUAGUCAUUCGAACAUAACCAGCUAUUUCUUUCAACUUCCCCAGGGUUUCAAGCGAUUGGGCAUUCCAUAGAAGCUUCUCGUAAAAAUCAUCUAUCUUUGCAGGAUUGGAGCCCUGGACCCGAGGUAGCAAUAAUAUGUUCUGGAUGUAGGCAUUAACUAUUUCGCUAGUAUUCCCGUACUUGCCCUUCAAAAUAGCUUUGGCACGUUCGUACCCUUCAGAGGACAGGGGUAAACCAUCAAUACGGCUUCGAACUUUUGCAUCUAGCAGCUCUUUCAGGUAGGAAAAUUUAGUUACAAUAGGUAUUUCAGCAGCCUCUAUCUCCGCCUCAAACUGAUUCCAAAAUCUGAGCCAGUCAGUAAAUUCUCCGUUAAAUUUCGAAAUAACAAGUUUUGGUAGCUUUGAAUUUGACCUUGAAAGAUUAUCCUUAGUCUUGACUUGAGCUUGGCGGCUUUCUUCGAUUUUCUUCUCAUACAUCAUUCGUUGUUCAAAUUUUUCUUCUUCAAAUUUCAUCUCUCUUUCGAAUUGUUUCUGCUUCAUUUGCUCUAUAAGUUGUUCUUCGUCUUGCUUUGUUUGUUCCAAUGAUCUUUUGUUCAGUUCCUUUAUCACGCUUUCAAGCUUUUCUAUAUUCCCUUCAAAAGUCGUCAACUGGCUGUCGAUAUCCGAGCUCCACUCACGUAUAUUAUCUGUCUCCUCGUCACUUUGAAUUUUAAGCUCUUGUAUUUCAACUUUUAAACUGUAUACUUCUUCCAAUUUCGUUUUGAGCACUCUUUGUUGUCUUUCGAGUGACGGUACGUGUCCUUUCUCAAUUGUUCGUCGUUAGCUUCAGUAGUUUGAUCUUAGUCUCCAUCGAUUUCAAUUUACCUUCGUAGGUCGCCAUAUUUUCACAAAUUUACACAAAUUUCCCGAGAUUUUCGCUUAAAAUCACAGUUCCCAUUCACGUCAGAGGUGCCACUUUUUCGUUAAACGCUUUAUGAGACGACAAUAAAGACCUACGAUUGGUUCUAUUCCUUUUUAAUAUCUAAAACAUGCUAUUUUUAUACUAAAUAAAUGCUCUCGAAAAACAACAACGUUCCGCCAUCUUGGAUUCUCACACGUGUUUUUAUAACCCUAUUUAUCCCUACAUAUCCACAUUUAUAAUGUCCUGUCCGUUUCUAUCUCUAGAUAUCAACAUGAAUGAUCGCUUGUCCGUCUAUAUCCCUACACUUUCCCACAACUGAUUUCGACGUUUCGAGCGAAGGCCCUUCGUCGGGCAGUAAUUAGCAUUAAGUAGUAGCGGGGGUCGGGAAAAUGGACCUUUCCCCUUAUAACUAAAAUUUUGAUCUAGACAAGUCUAGACAAAAAUUUUACCGGGAAAUUGAUGCCUCAACACCCGAUUGGGCUGUCAAUUUCCCAUGCGUAAUACAAAAUGACUGAAAACGGCAAACUUCGCAAGGUUAUAUUAUCCGCAUUUUACAAUAUUUCGCAACGAAAUUUUGGAAUAUUACUAAUUUUGUGAUGCUUUUUCAAACUGUGAUGAAAUAUUUGUGUAGAUCCUAAUUUUAGUUAUAAGGAGAAAAGUCCAUUAUGUGAGCUUUUAUACUAAAUAUAAAAGCGAUCAUGUGACAUAAAAUAAACCAAUAAGAUGAAUUUAGUGAAAACAAAGUAUAAAAAAUACUUGUAUAACUAACUGAUCAAGCUCUUUCCAUAACAUGAGCAGCACGACACAUAGUUCAUCGGAAUGUUCCAAUGUUUUUAGUUAAACUGUUUUUAAAAUUCCAAUGCAUGUUUUCCACGGCAUCGAGUCACUCAUUUUGCUUAAAUAAGUUUUCCGCAAACAUCCUUUUAUGAUACUUAUUAUUGUAAUUACUUUGUGUUCUUAUUGCAGUUUUUCUUUCACAUUGGCGGUUGCUUUUCCAAAGUGUAAUGUAAGUUCAUUUAAGGCAUUGAAUGUCUCAUAAUAUAACAUGUCUUUCCCUACUUUUGCUUCUGCGUCAGGGUUCAGUGUGGGUGCGAUGAUCUUUUUUAAUUGCAACUUGGUAAGGUGAUUAAUCUAAGCAACACCAAGUUUUUCUGUUGCUUGCGCCUGUAUUUUAAAAGCUCACUCGCACUCAAAGAAUGGAGGUUCAAUCUGAGCUUCCCUUGAGUGUCACUGCUAUUUUUGAAUAGCUGGAGGGUAACUGCGAGUGAGCUUUUAGAAUACAGGCGUUAGACCCUAAAGGCCGCUUUCCAGGUAUACGCGUUUUCCAUACGUGCAUAUACAUUGAAUUGUUUAAUUUUCACGGGCGAUAAGUACCAAGACCAGCAUUCCACGCACGCAUUAUGCGUAAGGGCGCAAUUCCAGUUCUUGCACGAAGCUCCUCGCUGCGAGUGCAUGCAUGAGCAUUUUCAUCCAAUCACAAUGCUUAGGAGUUAAUUUUAAUUAGAUGCAAGCACUCGCAGCGAGCAUAGAUAUGCGAGGAGCUUCGUGCGAGAACUGGAAUUACGCCUUAAGGUCUUAUUGCACUCACCAGGAGUGCAAUUAAAAAUAUGAUUUUUAAAAAAAAAAUGGCGGUCAUCAAUCAUACAGGUGCACUUUUAUGUAUGACGUAUAUCAUCAUACAGACACAUUGAUAACCUGUUCCUCGCCUCCAUCUAACCCCUCACCCUGAUGGCGGGGUGGAACGAAAAACUCCAGAGUUUGAACAGUUCUUUUUGACAGCCUGUUUUAAUUUAUUAAUCAUUAGAAAAUUACGACAUGGGAAGAAUAUGUUUUGAAGAUAUUACCAAUUAUACCGACGAUAUUAUGUCACCUGUUUAUACUGGGCAAGUUUAUACUUGUACUUUAUAAGGAAAUCAAGGAACAUGGAAUAUUCGGAAUGCGGCUAUAUUCUCAUAACGUCGUAAGUAAUGUUUUUCCGCUGACCUCAAAAGCAUAGCAUUGUGCGAAAUAUCGAGGGACAAAUUAAAGCCCCGUUUACACUACGCUCAAUUUUUUGGACGGCACGGAUAAAAUUGGUACCCGUACCACUUUUUUGGUUCUUGGCCUACCUAUUUAGCUAAGCCCCGUUUACACUACGCUCAAUUUUUGGUACCGUACCACUUUUUGGUUCUUGGACUACCUAAAUAGGUAGUCCAAGAACCAAAAAAGUGGUACGGGUACCAAUUUUAUCCGUGCCGUACCAAAAAUUGAGCGUAGUGUAAACGGGGCUUAAAGCUUCCUACUGCAUGGGGCAACUAACGCUCUCUGAUUGGCUAAAAUCUCGUUGCCCGGGUGUAAAUUCUCAUUCCAGGAAGCAAAGCCGCGAUAUUUAGGAGAAGCGGGAAAUUACGAAAAUAAUACAACUUUUUCCAGUUUUACCAUAUAGUUCAAGCAAUGUCCAAUGACUAAAAGCUCAAAGUCGACAAGAAUACCUGGACUUUAUUACAAAACAAGUUUUGUAACGGUCGAAAUGUUUUAUUGUCGAUUUCAGGUAACUUUUCAACACGAAGUUCGCAAGUUCAUUUCAAAGUUCGAACUUUGAUUGUAAACAAAUGUUCAUAUUUGGAGUUGAAAUUACUGUAUAAGGCCGUAUGCACAUAUUACUGCAGUAGAAUAUUGAUCCAGUGGUCGUCUCCCAAGAUGAAAAUGCCUUUGUAAAUAAAUUUAUAAAUUAAAUUUUUACAUUUGUUUACAAUCGAAGUUCGAACGUUGAAAUGAACUUGCAAAAUUCGUUGCGAAGUUCCCGCCCAACCUUCCGAAUUGACCAUUUGCGUAAUAGACUAAAUUUUGAUCUAAACAAGUCUAGACAAAAAUUUCAUCACAGCUUGAAAGAGCAUCGCAAAAUUAGUAAUAUUCCAAAGUUUCGUUGCGAAAUGUUGUAAAAUGCGGAAAAUAUAGCCUUGCCAAGUUUGCAAUUAUCAGUCAUUUUAGAUUACAAACGGGAAAUUGACAGCCUCAAAGGGUUUGGGUUUUUCGAUUCUGAAGGUGUUUUCUUCGUGACUUCGGCACGUUCAAUUUUUCAUCAUUUUCCACUAUAUAAAAUGGUCAUGUAAAACAGUCCGGACUGUUGAUACAAUCAGGAUUGAAUACUUAAAUUGUAGGUGAAAAAAGGUGAAAAAUAGUUUGGUUUUAUACUGGUGUUUUCCAAUUGGUUUUAUACUGGUGUAUAACUCAAAUUUGCCUCCGUUAUCAAGCUUCAAUUUGUCCCUUUCGUUUGCCUGAAUAUUUCCUGCAAUGCCCACUUUAUUUUUUAAAAAUCUCUAUGCAUGCUCAAAAUUAUGUAGUACGCGAUAGUGCAUUUGCUAUGCAUAAAUGAAAUCAGUGGCGGCCAUACUGGCGGUAAAGUUUCCGGCUUGUGAUGUACAACUGGUGUGACGCGCAAGGCGGAAAAGUUUUUCUGUUCACUUUAAGGUGGCUCCCUACAGUUAGUACAGUUUUAGACUUCAUCCUCGCGACUUGCGCGUGGAAUCGUCGUGUUUACUGUUCGGGAAAAAUAUUGAAACAAGCCGCGGGAAGUUUUUUGGCGUUUUUAUCUACAAAGAAAGCUCCAGUUUUUCGAACAGUACGUAUGUUAUUAACUAGUUUAACCUAUCUUUUAGUGUGUUUUUACAUAUUUACGUUGAGUAUUGUCUUUCAUAUUGCUCAAAAUAUUCAACUUGUGGGUGUUUCGAACUGUCAAACUGAAAUGAUACUGUCUUCUAUUAACUCUUGAACAGUAGUGAACUGUCGCCGAAACUUAUGUAAGUUCUGUCAAUCAAUUCAAUUCACAGGUAUCGUUUUAUCUGCUAAAUCAAAUAAAACAGUUAUGAGUUGUUUUAUAUGAAAAGUUAAACUUGAAAUUUUUUUUUAAACUUUGUAUUUUUGUUAUACAAGACGAGUGGUACAACAUAUCCAAAUUUUACGAAAUUCUACAAGUAACUUUUUCUGUAACCGUCAUUCACGAAUAUCUCGAAAACUUAUUUGUAAAUUCCCUUCAAAUUUUGAUAGGUUUUUCCUUUAUGGACCAUAAAUCUUCAAAAAAAUUUUCAGAAAAAUUCACCGAAGGAAAAUAUUGAUAUUGUCAAUUUAUUGUGAAGUUAGACAAUAAAAGUGCGAAACAUUAAACGUCAUGGUUGUCAUGGCAACACGAACACUGUUUUAAUUUGUUCAUAAAUGGACAGCACACGUGCACAGCUUCUGAACUUUCCUGGAAAUGAUCAUAUUGCCUUGUCUUACUGUCGUUCCAAUUGAAGUGUUGCUCAAAUAUUGAUUCAAUACAUUACCUCGGGCUGACCAAUUCAUUUCAUCAAGUUCCUCGAGAUAUUCAUACACUUCCUGUGAAAGAGCCAAGUAUUUGAUCAUUUCUGGUCACUUCCUUUCUAUUUAUGAUUGGUUAGUUGCACAAAUAACAAAGGUGAUUGGUGCAUUCAAACUAUUCAAUAGGAAGUUUACAAUUAUACUAGGAAGUGUAUGAAUAUCUCGAGGAACUUGAUGAAAUGAAUUGGUCAGCCCCAGGUAAUGUAUUGAAUCAAUAUUUGAGCAACACUUCAAUUGGAACGACAGUAAGUAUCUAAUAUAAAUUCGGUACAAAGCGAACGUUACUCAAAAUACCUAGAAUUUUAGAGAACUGUAGGGAGCCACCUUAAAAUGCAUUUUAAAACCAGAAAAGUUGAUGACACGACAGAAAGUUUUUCCGCUAAGCGAGAAAGUUGUGGUUGUGUUGCGUUCAUAUGGGAAAAACGUUAUCUCGGUCACCGAGAUCUCGCCUGUCAACAAGCGAGAUCUCGGUACACGCGGGAAAACGUUUCGUCUAUGACAUAGUGUAACGUUUCAUAUUAUUUUCAUAACAAGGCAAGAUCUCGCAUGUAAACUUGUCGAAAUGUUUUUUCGCUAACCGGGAUAACUUUUUCCCAUAUGCAUAUGAACAGGCCCUUAGAUAGGAAAAUACAUUUGCUUGAUAAUAAUACUAAUUUAAACACUUGCAAAGAAUUUGAUAGAUUUAAAAAUAUUUUCUCAUCAUAAUAUUGGAUAGAAACUUUGCAUAAGUUUCGCUCGCUUUCUUGGGCUAAACAUGACUAAAUGCAUAUUUAGUGAAGGUAUAAUUUAUUCAUGCCAACAUGAACUUGAACGUUUCGUAUCAUUCAUAUCACAUAUAAUGUCCAUUUAGGAUGAAAAUGCUUCUCAGCAGGUGAAAUUGAUCAGACCUUGGUUGCGAAAUUACGUGCACGACCUCCUUAACUCAAGGUAAGAGCAUGGGUAAUAACAUGACUGAAAAUGAAACAUGAAGAACACUAGUGGCAUUCCCUGUGCGUGGAUUGGUGAUGCAGGGUGUGAUAAUUCAAGGUUUUCUGCCGUACUGUAUGCACUGGGCCUGGGACUUUCGAAGGGUGGCGGAUCAUCAGAGCAAGCACCCUUAACUUAUGCAAUCGUUAGUUCGAUUCUUGCUACGAACUUAGGCAAAAAAAAAUAUGUGGGUUUCCGGUUUCCCGACCCUACCUAGCUUUUGGACGUCGAAAUCCCGACCCUAAACUUUUUUAUUGGAUCAUGCUUGUAAGUGUUUCCACUUAGAGGAAAAAGUUUGUGGAAAAUUGAAAUUUGAGGCAAUAUUAGGGAAAUUUAUCUUUGGAUGUGGAAGCACUGACUAAACAAAAUGGCGUCCGCUUAUUCGGAAAAUUAAAAAAAAAGUUAAAAAAAAAGUUAAAACCGACUUACCCUACCUAAGUUUUUAUAAGAAGAAACCGGAAACCCACAUAUUUUUUUGGCCUUAUGGCAUUCAUGUAAAAAGAAUCUAACGAAGCUCUACCGAAAAUCGUGGGUUUUUUUCGGGUACUCGGUUUCCUCCCGCAUAGAAUGUCAUCAAGGUGGGUUGGGAUUAGCCCCUAACCGACCCUUUCACCGUGUGCGUAGCUGUGCUUCGUGAUCAAAUAUGAGUCAGAAGCCGUAAGGUGGCAGCCAGAGGCGCCCUUAGUUGGAAUGCGUUCUUCGCAAUCCAACCUACAGUAGCUCUCAGCUGCAAGUAAGAAUGAUUAGCAUACCCCCACUUAUUGUUCUUCAAUUAUUAUUGCCACGUACUAAAGAUGGUACAAACUUAAGAUAUUACUUGGAUAUUACUAAAGAUACAUAAGAUAUUACUAUUUAAGCUUCGCGUUAUACAUCAAACGCCAGGCAAAGAAAAUUUUACGGUACCAAGGCAAUAAAGAGCAAAUGAACUUAUGAACUUGCUUUUUUAAUUAAAACUGAAAUACAUAAUUAUUCUCUCGAUGCAAGAAAAAAAAAAUGAAAUGAAAACAUUCAAGGAAAAAUUUUCCAAAAUAGUUUGAACCUGCCGUUUGCCGUUCCCGGAAACGUGAAGCUUAAAUUCCCUAUUACUAAAGAUGGUACAAACUUAAGAUAUUACUAUAGACAAACUUAAGAUAAGUACUUACUGUAGUGUUCAAGAUAGAGUACAUAAACACAGUUUUCUAGAAGGGCUGAGAACUAAGAAGUACCCCCGGUUUGUAAAGCCAAGACCGGAUUUUGGUGGGAAAGCUGGGCGAGGUGGAAAAAAUUUAGGGUAGAUGCAGCGCCUAUAUCCAUUUAAAUGCUAACAAGGCUUAGAACGUAGCCGCCAAAAGUUAACUACAUGAACGUUUGUAUAAAUAUAUCAAUGUAUUUUAUAUGAACUAUUACUGUACGAGUCAUCCAAUUCUCCCUUCAUUACAUUGCAUUACAUUACAUUACAUUAGCACAACAUUUCUUUCGAAACAUUGCAUUAAAGGGGUUACUGCGGAUCCAAUAUUGAAAAUCCCGUUUAACUUACUACUAAUCAAAUAUUUCGCCACAUUUGUAUAGACCUGCCCGCCAUUAUUCAGGAAUAGAGUUCUACCUGAGAAAAAUUUACAAUCCCGAGAAAAGUAAGUGCUUCAGAUCCAGAAUUCGAAAUACAGUAUCAGGCUGAUACGGUGGUUUAAGGACAUAUCACUCAUUUGUAAUUCGAACAUCUAAACUAUAAGUACUACAUGCAGUAUUUAAAACACGAGCGGGAUGCUAGAUCUCACCCAGCCUGGCUGGCUUGUUUCACAUAUUAAUACAAAUUGAAUUUUAUAUGCAUUAACAAAGGCCAUGCAGAUCUCACUGAGGUCAGUUUCCAGGUUAGCUCAUAUGAACACGCCCUUAGACAGAAUCGGGAUAGUUCUUUUCAGUGGCGUGCUGGGUACUAUUUUUCUGGGGGGGCCAGUCGGCAGGCAACUAAUAUCCGCCCCUAUAAUAUUACCCUUGAUAAACGAGGGCCGAAUGCACGAGCCGAGCGCCGCAGGUGCGAGGUUUGUCUAUGAGGGUCCGGGGGUAUGCCCCCAGGAAAAUUUUUGAAUUUAGAGUCUCUGAAAUGCCAUUUCCUGGACUUUGCAUGGGGGAAGAUUUGACAGAAAUCUGAUGGUCAGGAAACGGCAUUACAACGUGUCGAAAUUUGAAAAUUGGUUAGAAUUUAGUAGUAGCACUUAAAUUGGGCAAUGCUAACUACUUCCACAAAUUAAUCUAAUCCCAAUUCUAUUCUCUACUGAUCUGAAUACAAUUACAACUUACAGCUCUUUUAUACAAUAACACACGGACCCCACGCAUAUGCAUUUUAAGGUUUCCUUGCCUGGCUGCCAAAAGGGCGUGUUUCAUCAUUAUCUCAUUACUUACAUUACUCAUAAUGUUUCUUGCGCAAACAAUUAAAUUGCGUACACAACUUUACAUUAUCAUACUUCAACUAUCUAAUUUGCCCCGCUCUCGUGAUUCGUGAAGCAUAAUAAAGGGCAUAAUAUAAGGGUAUAAUACCAACAAAAAAGGGCAUAAUUCCCGUGAUCGCUUCGAAGCCUGAUCAAUAUUCCGGUAAUGAGACAUUGCGUGUGAUCACUGAUCAUGUUUCUAUAUGAACGAGUGAUUUCGUGUGAGUCGUGAGGUAGCAAAUACGGUUAGACAAAAUAGUCUGCAAUUUAAUAUACUCACUUUGUCGCCUAUGCGCUUAGUUUAUAAGUCUAUAAACACAUCUUUCCUUGGCGGAAUUAGUAACUAAUUUUUUCGAAUGCGUUUCUUCCCACCUACUUUCAAAAUUCGGCGCGGGAUCGCGCCCCCUUUUCAUUUUUGCGCCCCCAAAAAUUGCCAGCUGGGGGGGCCGUGGCCCCCCGGCCCCCCCUGCCAGCACGCCACUGGUUCUUUUGGUUCUAAUGAGUUUAAAUCAAUGGGUUUAAAUGAUGAUUGAGUUCCGAACUUUUUUCCAACUUUUUUGUAGAUUUUAAGUUUUCAACUCUAAAUGUCUCUGUGGUCAUGAUCUGUUCUAUUCUACUUUACAGCGUGAGUAAUUUGUUUUUAUAUUUGAAUUGGAAACGUUUUAGGGGACCUACUAAACACGUUAAAACACACACGAUGUUACAGAUCUGCAAACAAGUUGUCACAAUUCUAUUCACAAACUAUCAACAAGUUGUGUUCGCGUUCUUGUAACAAGUUUGGAAGAACUUGUAAAAAGGUUGAUGGCAUUAUCAGACUUGUAGCGAAGUUGUUCUAACAAGUCUGAUACAGUCAUGAUAUAACAAGAAUGUUACAAGGUUGAUCACACAAGGAGAAUUAGUACAUUGCGUGUACAUGGAGAAUUAUUAUGUAGCAAGUGUCAAAGUUCAAUUUUCCUGUUUGCCGAUUGGUCAAAACCGUAUCACGUGCCGGUGCACAAAACGUCAUUUUUACUGCAUGCUUUGGCGAGGGGGCAAUUGGUCAACAAUGAAACAGUUAUUGACUGCAUGAUCAGUAAUAAAACCGGAAGUAAGGCGCGAGCUGUUUGUGUCAACCAGCUUAUCCCAUACCUGUGUUAAAAGCGGCUUUCUGAUUGGUUUAGAGCAGGUGAGCUUGUCGUUGAGCUCACUUGCUUUUUGCCGAACUCACCUGCUUUUCGCCCGAACUCAUCCGCUAAACUGCUUACGUUGCAAUAACAAUAACAAAUAUGGCGGACAAGAUUUAGCCGAUAAACCUAAACUUUAAAGAACUUUUUUCGGUGACUAACAUACUGAGACUGAAGAAAAACCAAAGAAAAAAUGCAGUAAAGGUAAUGUAGACGUAGAUAAAGAAGUAUUUUCUUGCCCAGUGAUUUUUUUGGCCGGGAAAAUGUUCACAAAACAUCGACGAAUAUAUCGCGAAGAGCUACAAAUGUGUGUAUGGCUCGGUGUAUGGGAUAAAAACCAAAUGUACUUGCAGGUUCGGUGAGUCCGGGAUUGGACGCACCUCGGGUGGCUGGAAGUUUCCCGAACUCACCUCGCUUCGCUCGGUAAGUUCGCGAAACUUUCAGCCACCCUCGAUGCGUUUAAUCUCGGAAUCACCUCCCUGCAAGUACGUCUCGGCGUCGGCUUUAAAAUACUUUGGCAAUAAUACAGCUGAGCAUUUUAUUCAAAAAACGUAAGAAUACAACCAUGUCACUCUACGAUGGAACAUCUAAAUAUUGUUGGUCGUUUUCAGGGAAUAUAAAGCAUUAGACGUUGAAAUACACAAUUUGUUUUUUGUGGCGUCGUUUCUUGAUUACGAAAGUGAAUUCCGAUAUAGCUACUUAAAUGCGACAAAUAGAUCACACACAUAGAAACGCACAAGUUGUAACAAACCUGCAGCAGACUUGUAACGGUGCCGUUCCAACAACUUGUAAACAGGAUGUGUUCGCACUGCUUGUACCAACCACCUUACUUCCCAACGGAGUUAAUGGACCUUAAACCUUAUUAAUAAAAUUUUGAUCUAGACAAAAAUUUCAUCAUAGUUUGAAAGAGCAUUACAAAAUUAGUAAUAUUCCGAAGUUUCGUUACGAAAUGUUGUAAAAUGCCGUCUUUCAGUAAUUUUGUAUUACAAACGGGAAAUUGAUACCGAAAUCGGGUGUUGGGGCAUCAAUUUCCCGUUUGUAAUACAAAAUGACUGAAAAACGGCAAACUUCGCAGGGUUAUAUUAUCCGCAUUUUACAACAUUUCGUAACGAAACUUUAGAAUAUUACUAAUUCUGUGAUGCUCUUUCAAGCUGUGAUGAAAUUUUUGUCUAAACUUGUUGAGAUCAAAAUUUUAGUUACAAGGUUAAAGGUCCCAGGCAGGCAGGUCCCUUCAGAGGCGUAUUUUUGGUAUAAAUGCGCCGACUUACGAGAACGAGUGGCGAAGCCAUAAGUUUAGCAUGCCAAGACGCGAACUUUUAAGGGGGUCUCUGAAAUGGAAUUAUUUCCAGAGACUAGUCCUGCAUGAGAACAGAAUUUGCAAAAUCUUCGGCUAUUUUGCGUGGAUUACAUUACAUCCGUUUUCAAAAUUACGCGACCUCCCGGAAAAAUACUCUUACUUCAAAUGUCAGUUUUAUGUCACAAAGACUUCUAAAAAUAGCAAACGUACACAAGCUGUCAAAAGAUAUUAUAAACCGUAUUUAAUACCAAAACUGAACAAAAAUGAGUUAGAUAACUUAGAUAUACAAACUAAAGCACAAUACAAACCAUCACAACAGAAAUAUGUGCCGUGAAUAACUUUUAAAGUUGAAAAAUAACAAUUUAUCCUGGAAUUUAGCUGUCAGUAUAAAACACGUGCGCUAGACUAUAACGGUGAUGUUAUGAUUUUGUUUGUGCUUAAAUUUUGCAAUAAUUCUCACUAAAAUAUCUUGAAAUUCAUUGUAAGCCUGUUUAUAUAAAGCAUACAAAGCAUACACAUCGACAAGGAACCGCAAAACUCAAAGUUUAAACUUCGUGACCGAAUGACAUAAAACUGACAUGUCAACUCUAGCAUUUUCGUCCUUGGUCGCGUAAUUUUGAAAACGGGUGUAAUAUACUUUCAGUUUAAUAUAUUUUCAAGUACACACUUUUCAAUUUACAAGGGCACAUUCGCCUUUUACAAGGACACAAAGUGUGUACAAGGACACGCUAUUUUAAUGCCUGAAAGGUCCAUUAAGCAUGUCUCACAAACAACUUUCUUUAAUGGUAAAAUGUUGAAAAAUCCAGGAAAUGAAUUCUGACGGGUUCACUAUUGAAUUGGAUAUAAAAUCCAAAAUAAGUGAAAAUUACGGCAAUUCGUAAAUUAUAAAUCGCUUUUUUACUCAAAACCAAAACGGAUUGUGGGGCGUAGCGACUGUAACUCGGAGUGUCGGAAGUCUGAAUUACAUACUGUAUAUGCAUGCCCAUCAUGCUUUUCGCGUUUAGAGGUUGAGGUUUUGACUUUGAAAAGGCAAUCUUGAUUGAAUCAGCUGUUAAUCGUUGAACUAGGUACUUAGUAUACAUUAUUGUUUCCUUUUAGAUUUCCUUUGAACUUGUGUUUAACGUCAGUAAAAAACUGGACCAAUACAGGAAAGAAUCAGACCAACUUAGAAAAGAUAAUGUUCAUUAUCUGCGCGUACUAUGGGUGAAAGCUCUCCUUGGGUUGUUCGGUUAGUUUUGUUGGAAAUCAACUUAUUUUAAAUUUCAUGUAACACUCAGUAGGGACCUUUAGCAUGUAUAGGACGCCGACGACGCAAGUUCUUUUUCCGUAGACAGUCGGUAUUUGUGUUGACACGAAGCCGUCGAAUAUUCCGUUUUCAUCUCGCUCCGUUUAGAAACCAUGCUCAAAUUGUUGACGCCAAAAGUGACGUUUUCAAACAAUUUCGCUAUGGCGUGAUGUGAACGCGACGGCAGCUAAUUGUGACUAACCGCUCUGGCGUAGUGUGAACGGUAGUCUUUUAAAUAGCAAACGUCCUAAAGAAGAAUAUUGAACCAAAACGAGCAAAAUAUACAAACCAAAAGAAAGAACAAGCAUGGCGAUCACAACAGAAAUCUGUGUCGUGCAUGACUUUUAUAGUUUGAAAAAAAAAAACAAUUUAACUUUGAAUUUAACAAUUUUGCCAUCAAUUUGUUUUAUUUUUAUAUGUAGGUUCCGUGAUGGCUGCGACCAUUUUUUCAUUCAUAUUUUGUGUUGUCUCUUUUAUUCGCUUCAUGGAAAAUCACAAGUAUGUUUCGAGUAAUGUUUUAGUUGCUUGAUAUGCUGUCAAAACACUCUUCGUUUUUUCCAAGAAAUGUUUUCUUCGAGUAACUUUAAAAUUAACCGUUUAUUCUUUCUCCAAAAAAAUUGAAGUGCCAUGCACUAAACGAGCUACAAAGAGAGCAUUAAGAGUUUUCAAUUCUUCAAUAAUUAUUAAGUGUUGUGGUUUCCUCUCCAUAGGAACAACACGCUAAGGAUGUUCAAAGGAGAUAAAUCAUUCAUUCCUAAGAAUAUCAAUGCGGUACAGUUCAUGAUUGUAAGUUAAACAAUAUACGUAUACAAUCCUGUUUUGAGUUUGGAACGCGAGAACUAGUGUAGAAAGUUAAAAUUGAAAAAUUGUAACAACACUAGAGAGAGAGAGAGAGAGAGAGAGAGCUAAUGAACUAAUGAAAAUUAAUGUGUAUAUAUGCAAAGUUUUAUGCACAGCUGGAGAUUGUAGACUUGAGUCACUUGACAUGUGACUUGAUUUUUGUGACUUGACUUGUUACUCAGAUUAACAAUUAACCUGAGUAUCAGGCCGUACUUUUUAGGGCACAGGCACGCCUGAUCGUGGGCGAAGGGGAGAAAAGUACGGCCUGACACAAAAGUGGCAUUUUGCCUGGUUGUUCAGUCCAGAAUCUGGACUGAGCGCUGAUUGGCCGAUUAGACAAACGAUUUUUAAAUCUGUCAUUUGAUUGGCUGGUGCUAAUUAGAUUAUACUAUUGUUGUUGAUAUAUUUUAUAACGAUCACAAUUCACAACUACAAUUAUAGCCGGCCCACUAAACGGUUGAAUUUAAAUUAAAACUGCAGUAAAAUUAGAAAAUAAUCGCAAAUUGGCGAAAUAUAUUGCAAAUGUAGCUUAUAUUAAAUCGCCAUCAGAUUGCACUAUCGACUGACGUAUAGUUAUAAAGUAUACUUUACAAUUAUACGUCAGUUUGUUGAUAAAUACGGCAAGCGCCAUGUAAAGCUCAUUGUAGUCACUGAAACCUCUGCGGAGGAGAGAGCAAUCGGGUGGCGAUUUAAUAUAAGCUACAUUUGCAAUAUAUUUCGCUAAUUUGUGAUUAUUUUUGUUAAUUUUAUAAGUUCAUUGCAGUUUUAAUUUAAAUUCAGCCGUUUAGUGGGCGCCUAUGCUAUAAUUAGAUUGUUGUUGUCGUUGUGUGAAAUUUAAAUUUCUCCUGCGACAUUUUGAUUGGAUACUAAAUAUAAACUUUGCUGUGGGCGGAAAGCGAUCAGGUUAAGUUUUGUGUCAGGCUCUAUUUGUAAAAUAGAGCCUGAUACUCAGGUUAAUUAACAAUUUGUGACUUGAACUGGACUUGAACAAAAUGACUUAUGACUUGACUUGUACUUGCGAGAAAUGACUUGUUAUCAAGUCAAACGUAAAGUCGUAAAUAUCUAGUGAAAAUUAACUUUUCCACAGCUUGCACUGGAAAUUCAUCGAUGCACAUUGACCAGUGCAGCUACAUUGGCAUAUCGCAUUAUGACUGCGAGCUAUAGUAUUUUAAUAUAUAAUUUGUCAUGGGUGACUCCCUACUUGCGACUUGACUUACGCCUGUGUUCUAAAAGCUCACUCACCCUCGCCCUUAAGUAACAUUCAAGGGAGGAACAUAGAUAAAUAGAUAGUUUUAAUUAGUCACUUUUUGCAUACCCUUUUACCCCACCCCAUCCCCUCCCCACUCUAACCCCCUCCCAAGAUGUCUCGCGCCUUUGGCACUCGAUACUUGUGUCUUUGUAUUACUUCUGGGGAUCCACAUCAACUUUCUUUCGUUAGGCAAAACGAACCCACACCGCCCUAAUGUUUAGACCAAACAUAGCCCCUGUAUAGAUUAAUUAUACAGUAACCACUUCAAAAUAACCACUUUGGUGUAUUCCACUUCGUUAGGGAAAAGGACUAAGAUAUCAUAGUUAUCAGAUCGGCUACUUUUUGUGGGGUAAGUAUUUCUUGUUCCAGGAAUUAAUGCGCAUAUAACGGUGCCUAUUCGGUAAAAAUUUAUUAUAGAAUAGUAUUGGAAGUUUUAUUAGAACCACAAACUGAAAAUAUUUUCACUUAUUUUUUUUUGCAUUAGGAUCUGAGAAAUUGUUUAAAACGAGAUUUAGAGAAAAUGUUUUGCAGGACUGUAAAUUGUUCUCUGUUGUAUAUACAAUAUUAGGGAGUUUAAGAUCUUGACGACGAACUACCGACAACGUUUGAAAUAAAUUUUGUUGUAUGUAUGCAAAUACUAAAUGCUUGUCAUAACAAAUUUAUCCCAAAUAUGUUUUAUGUGCAUGGCUUUGUGUUCGGCAAGUUUCAUCUUUUAAUUUUCAUCAUUUCUUUAUAAAAAUGCUCUCCAACCUGCAACGUCGCGUAGUUGGUUUCGUUGCUAGGUUCUUGAUUCUGUUUUACAACACAAGAAUGUGAUUUUUACGCUGUAGCCAAGGUCGCUACGGUGAAAAGUAUGCUCUGGGGAUAUGUAAAUUUUGUCUGCCUUUGUUAAAGCAAUGCAAAAACAAGCUUUCAACCGUACUCCGUACCCGUUGUUCGUUGUCGGCAUCUUAAACUCCCUAUUGUCUGGCGACCGCUGUUUCGUAGAAAUGUGAAAAAUGCAACUAUAGGUCGUCUGGUAGGAAUCGAAUCUGCUGCCGUGCGACUUUGGUUCAGCGCUCUAAAUAGAACUAACAGUUGAAGGGUUUUGGAAAUGGAAAUUUCGAACGGAAAUUCUAUCGAGCGUGAUGCCUGAAGUCUUGAUAUUUAUCCAGAUUAUACGGCAAAUCUCUAUACUUGUUUGAGUGAAAUAAAUGGCCAUCUUGAAGUUGACACCCCUACCCUUCUUACCCUAUUUUUAAAGUUUAGCAAGUUUUUUCCGUAUUUUUCGUCCUAGGCUACAUAUUGGUGUUGUUGCUGUUAUCUUUUACUUUUUUUGUUAUUUACUUAUUGUCACUUGAUCCCGUUCAAGAUUUGGUUGUGAACUACAUGAAAAGAGGAGGGUAAGUGAUACUAGCUCAGUGUUAUAUGCGUAAGGUAAGUGAUACGUUAAUAUGUACGAUAAGCUUUUUUCUGUAAUUUUUUGUUCAACAACAGCCUGUUAAAGAGCACCUCUUCCCAUUUUUUAAAAAAAACUUUGGGGGAAUUCCAGACAACAAGAAAAGCUUUCAUAGUAGCAAAAUAGCAAAGUAGUUGAAAUAGCUGUAUGAUAAGGCAAGCAAUAGGUUGGUUUUGCAAGCACGAGACCUUCUAAUGAGUAAUGAGGUUCGUCAUCUCACGAGACCUUCUAAUGAGGUUCUAAUGUGAUUCUUUUGUUUAAAUGCCCUCCACUGAACAGGAGGCUGAUAUUAACCAAUGACCAGGGCUGUUGCGAAGAGCUUUAAGCAGGAUGAGGGUGCAGUGUAUUUACCGACAAAUAUUCCAAAAUAUGUAUAAGGGGGGGGGGAGGUCAGGCGGUAUCAACUUCAACAUGAAACAAUAAAACAAAUGAAUAAAUACACGCGUUCUCAUAUAAUAUCAUUUUACAAUGGCAGGCAUGGACGAGCGGUGACUAUUGAGCGGCGGUGUGAAAUCGUGUAGACAAGAGUGUAUUUAUACAACUGAGGUUGACAGUAUUAUGAGAAAAUCUUUGAGAUUCUACCCAAUAUAUAAAUUGAUUUUAUGCAUUACGAGCAUUUAAUUAAGUACUUUUGAAAAGUCGGUCGUGAAGACUACGAGAUUUCUCCACAAUUUCGUACUCAGAUUGGCGACGGCUACGACUUUUUCGAGUCGGUAUGGCCAUGGGAUGGCGUAAGCAUACAGCAUGCGUUUCGCUUGACGAAUCCCGUACUCGUAGUCAAAUCUAAAGCUCCCUAAUAUUAAUAUAAGGUGCGACUGUAUAAAAUGCUACAGUACCACAGAAUAGAAAAUAGAACCAGAGGUCUCACUGCGCCAAAAUUAUGUCCGUGAUUUUUAUGCGCAGGCGCGAGCCAGCAAGUGUAAUCACGACGCCAUCAAACGCGAGCAAUUACGCCAUCAAUUGCCAUCACCAGGUAAUAAAGAUUGCUGUUUUAACCGUUUUGCUGACGAACGCUGACGUGAUGUUCGCAGCAAGUGUCACGCACGUCAUCUAGCGUGCGAAAUUCGUGAUUCGCAAGGCAAAAAUCGCGGACACGAAAAUGUUAAGGAAAGGUGUACAGUGAGACUUCUGGUUCCAUUUUCUAUUCCGUGACAGUACACCACUGAAUAGAUGGCUAUACUCAGACUACAGAUUAUACAAAAGCCUGUAAUACUAUGUGCUGAAUUGAAACCUGAUACAGCACGUGCGUGGCUCGCGUGCGUGUUUGGCUCUCUAAGUAUAGAAAUGAUUAUAGGGUUCAGAGGACUUGGUGGAAAAGACGGAGUAUGGAGUGCGGAAUACGGAGUCUUUCAAAACAGUUUAUUUUUUCUAGAUUCUUUUUUAAUGAGACUCCGCGUUUUCCACUUUCUGCCCCUAUACACUUGCAUUGUCUUUCUCAAUUCGAAACUUUGCACUAUCCUUGGAUCCCUAUAUAUUCAUUCUCGUUUUUUUUCUCGUUUUUCAUUUUCGUUUGUUGGUACAGUAUAUUUUCAGUCCAGCUAUGUUAGGAAGUCAUUUUCUUCCUGAAAUGGCGGCUCCCAUCGCUAAUAAUUCUGUUCAAUAUUUUAGUGUUUACUUGAUUGUGGCUAUUUUUUCUUGGUUGUCCUUGCGCAUAAUUACGGUGAUAUUCCGAGAUAACAGUUACUCUAAAGACGUUAUAUCUAUAAAUAACAGGUGUGUCUAAUUUCAUUAAAUAAAAAUGG